AUGGGAUUUUUCACUGGAGUCGGGCGAUUUAUUGUGGUCAUCCUCAAUAUCAUAUUUGUGAUUGUUUCCACGGUUAUGUUGGCGUCGGGAAUUGCCCUUAAAUUCUUCUCAGACAACGCUUUUCUUAAAAAUGCCGAGGAGCAAUUCAAAAGUGGUUUAGAUUCAUUCAGUUCUAAAACAGGUGCAGGCAUCGACACCAGUAGCUUCAGUCUCAAUUCCAUUUUCGGAACAGUGUCCAUUGUUCUUAUUGUUUUUGGAGCCUUCUUACUGGCCGUAUCUUUCUUCGGUUGUUGUGGAGCUUGCUGUAAAGUACAGGUUCUACUUAUCGUGUACGCUGUUAUACUGAUAGUCCUGCUACUCGGACAGAUAAUUCUGGUGAUCCUAAUGUACGCCUCCCCUGUGGUGAAAAACUCAGUACGAGAGGAAUUAAAGGUAUCCGUCAAAGAUUAUCAAGGAGUGAGGGGCGUAAACCUUGAGUCCAUGCUCUGGAACGCCGCCAUGAUAGAGUUGAAAUGUUGUGGUGUAGAGGACUAUAAAGAUUUUGGUUUAUAUGCCAAAAGCUGGAACAACACUCCUGCGAUGCCUGAUGGUACUACUGAUCCCCUCUCCACGCCUGUGGCUUGUUGUGUGACUAUUCCUACAUCAAAAUCUGCUGCAGAAACUUGUGCCAAAGGUCCGACCUUGGAUCCGACGAAGAACAAUUACAAUAAGGGUUGCUUUGACAAAAUCUGGGACAUGAUGUUUGAAAAUCCUCUGAUGCUCGGAAUUGUUCUCUCUGUGGCUUUCGUAAUUCAGCUCCUACUGAUUGUAUUUACAAUUAUGAUGUACAAACAAAACAAAGGUGAAAAGAACGGCAAAGGAACCAACAAAGUAAAGCCCAUGCGAGGGUAUAUGUGAACAUGGAGAUGCGGUGAGGAAUUAAAGAACAAAAUGCUGUGUACAUGAUGAGAAAAUUUCUUUUUUGUAUUUUAAA